GGAGCAAAAAGUUUCCGUGACAACACGGAAAUGAGUAACUCUGCAGCCCAUUAGAGCUGGGCGGGAGGAGUCCAGGAGGCGGGAGCCGCGGCGAUCUAGUUGUCCGCAUCCCUGGAUCCCCUGCAGACCCGGGACCCUGACCCGCUCGUGGAGCGAGACCCACUCGGGACCCCUGCGGCCGCCGCGGCCAAACGACCACUGCAGCUAUGGCCAUGGGACUCUUCCGGGUCUGUCUGGUUGUGGUGACUGCCAUCAUUAACCACCCACUGCUGUUCCCACGGGAGAAUGCCACAAUUCCCGAAAACGAGGAGGAGAUCAUUCGCAAGAUGCAGGAGCACCAGGAGAAGCUGCAGAUGGAGCAGCUGCGCCUGGAGGAGGAGCUGUCACGUCUGGAGGCUGAGAAAGAGGCUCUGCGGCAGGAAGAAGUCGAGGACCAGCAGCAGCAAGAGCCCCACACCACCUGGGACCUCUGGAGCACUCUCUGCAUGAUCCUCUUCCUGAUCAUCGAGGUAUGGAGGCAGGACCACCAGGACGGGACCUGUCCGGAGAGUCUGGGUGGGGAUGAGGAUGAGCUGUCGGGACUAGGGGGCAUCCCGCUGCUGGGCCUUUCCCUGCCCAAUAGGGCCACCCUGGACCACUUCUACGAGCACUGUAUCCGAAGCGCCACAGGGGAUGCCACCCGCACCCGGGAGUUUGUGGAAGGUUUCGUGGAUGAUCUGCUGGAAGCUCUGAGGAGCGUCUGCAACCGGAACACUGACAUGGAGAUGGAGGACUUCAUUGGUGUGGGCAGCAUGUAUGAAAACUGGCAAGUGGAGAGGCCGCUGCUGUGCCACCUGUUUGUACCCUUCAUACCCCCAGAGCCUUACAGCUUCCACCCAGAGUUCUGGUGCUCCAGCCCUUCAGUGCCCCUGGAACGUCAGGGCUAUGGCCAGAUCAAGGUGACCCUGGCUGACGGGGACCCUCUAGGCUGUAUCUGCGACAAGACUAAGCUUGGGGAGGAUAUGCUGUGUCUCCUCCAUGGCAAGACUAGAGGGACGUGGCCCGGCAGCAGUGGGAGGAACGGUGAGAUGGAGAACUUACUGUGUUCCAGAGAGUCCUCCUAUCUAGAUACCAUGCAGGUUAUGAAGUGGUUCCAGGUGGCCCUCACCAGAGCUUGGCACCGCAUCGCCCACAAAUAUGAGUUUGACCUUGCCUUUGGAGAGCUGGACACCCCAGGGUCUCUCAAAAUCAAGUUCCGAUCGGGGAAGUUCAUGCCUUUCAUCUUGACCCCUGUGAUCCAGUGUGAUGACUCAGACCUGUACUUUGUCACACAACUUCCCAAGGAGCCCUGCAUGGGAGCCCCAGCCUCUAGCACUGACUGGCCCCUGUCCUUCGCUGUCUAUGAACGACAGUUCCUCCGGAUGACAGCUAAGGCUCUGCCAGAGGGUGCCUGCCACCUUAGCUGUUUGCAGAUUGCCUCCUUCUUGCUCUCCAAGCAGAGCCGUCUGACAGGCCCCAGUGGGCUGAAGAACUACCACCUAAAGACUGCCCUGCUGCAUCUCCUGCUGUCCCGGCAGGCCGCUGACUGGAAGGCCAGCCAGCUGGAUGUGCGUCUGCAGGAUCUCCUCUGCUUCCUGGAGAGGAGCCUGCUGGAGAAGAAGCUCCAUCACUUCUUCGUGGGCAACCGCAAGGUGCCUAAGGCUAUGGGUCUCCCAGAGGUUGUGCACAGAGCCGAGCCUCUCAACCUCUUCCGGCCCUUCGUCCUGCAGCGGACUCUUUACCAUAACACAGUGAACUCCUUCUAUGAAAUGCUUAAGAACACCCCAACGCUCAUUAGCGAGUAUUCCCUCCAUGUCCCAUCAGACCGUGCCAGCCCACCACCAAAAACUGUCGCCUUGUAGAAUAUAAGAUUGAGGGAGAAGAAGGAGAGCAUCCCGUGUGUCUACCUUACUGGGCUCUGUGACCUCACACAGGAAACACAGUAGGCCUAGAGGGAGCUGAGGCUCAGGUCCCUGGGAAGCCAGGCCCUACAGAGUGAAGGAAACAGAGUUGCAACUAGACACUGGUUUGCCUUUCUGCCCUGGGGGCUUGUUGGUAAAACCAUUGUUUGGGUUUAGGUGCCCAAUUAUUUGUAGCUUAGUUUUGGAUCACGAUGAAUGACUAAGACAGUGACAGACCAGUCUCUAGGUACUGAGAGAAAAUGCAAGCACUGAUUUGAAUGCAGUCCUUUCUGUAUCACAGUCCAUCCUGUGUUCUGUAUCAAAGAGGAUCUACCGGGAUGUUGCCCGGGAUCAGACUCCCUGCACUCUACCCCAGGAGCUCCAGGCCCCAGACAUCUGCAGCUGAAUCAUGAGUGGGGACAGAUGUGGGAAUUCACAGCCUUUGAACCACAUCAUGCACAGUAACAGGUCCCACGGUGGCUGACUUGGCUAAAAGAACCUGGCAGGAGUCCAGGGGCCUGGUGGCUAAUGUCUCCACUACAGAGAAAUGGGGCCUUGGUGGUGGAGUCUAAAGUUGGCCGGUUUCUCAGGCAGACAUGUUACUCAGGUGCAUACCCUCUCCCUGUCCCUUUACCCUUGUAUCAGGUCCCAAUCACCAUGGGUGCCAUUUACCACAUUGGGUGCUGGCUCUGAAGCCCCUCCCCUCUCCAUUGCUGGUCUUACCAGCCAGCAGCAUGGUAGAAGGUCACAGGUACUCAUACUCGGCUUGCACUUUGGCCCACUUUGAGGAAAAUUACAGAGUCCUGGAGUAAGGAUUAUGAUAUCCGUAGCCCAUCCUCAGGGUCCUGGUCAUAGGGAAGGGUAGGCUUGUAAGCCACAGGUGCUAUGAAAACCCAGCUCUGGUCCCCAGAACCAAAGCAUCUCCCAGUUCCUAACUCCAAGAGGGCCUCACCCACUGUUCAUCUCCAGUCUUUUCUGCACAGGCCUUGGUGACCUCAUAGAUGACCCAGGCUUAAAGAACAUGGUGGAGGCUGGGCUCACUGGGGAUCUAUGUGAGUAGUUUAGGCAUAGCCUGGUUACCUAAGGGAGUGCUGUGUGCCCCAGACAAGUACCAGAGCCUGAAGCUGGGCUCCUGUCCAGGCCUGUUCCAGCAGCUUCUCUUCCACUUGACCAUGACCAGCUCUUGGGGAUUUCUUCUCCACAUCUCCUUGGUAACUUUUACAGUGGACCAAAGAAGAAACUCGGGUGAAGAACGAGGUGGCACCUGCUAGCUCUCCAGAAGUUCAGGCAUCAAAACCAGGCUUCCCUUCACCCCACACGUGCCUCAUGUGGUCUCAAAACUCUCCAGAAGAUGGACCCUUUAGCCACCAAGGUUAAGUGGUGGUGGAGAGGACCUGCCACGUGCACCGUGGCUAGAGACUAUAGGAUGCUUGAGUACCAGCAGUAGUUAAACUGAACAUGGGUGGUCCUGCCCCUCUGCAGCCUCCAAGUGACAACCUGGGACCCAGUCACAGAAACUACACAACAUGCAGCUCUGUCAACAGCCUUGAGCCGCCUCGUCCAAGAGGUACCUCCCAGAGUGGAGACAGAUAUUAUCUGUGCCUUUCCCUGCUCAUUCAUAUCCGGCUGUGCUUUGAAGAGAGCCCGGCAACCAAGAACCAGCCUCCAGAAGCCAAGACCCAACCUAGACCUUCUUCAGUUUGCCCUUCACUUCCAGGAGAAGGUCACGGGAAGGACAACUCUGGCUCCUUGUCUUCUGAGCCCGGGACAGGACAGGAGCCCAUGCUACACCAGGGUUGCUUUGGGAGCACGCUGCCUUAUUUAUAUUAAAAGAAGAAUUAAAUUCUUGUAAGGAGUA